CUUCCAAUAAAUAUAUUCCCUGAUUGGCCAAUGUGCCAGCUUAGGACCACCCAAAUUACUCCAUCGUACGACAUCGAAGCUUCUCUUAAGCGAAACCUCCUCAAACCCGACAUCACGUCAGUAUCUAACAAGGUACAAUAAAACGCGACACUUACGACACUUACGACACUUUCGAUACCUACGAUACCUACGAUAGCGUCGAUCAUGGCUUCCAUUAUCGCUCGGCGAGCCUUUUCCCAAAGGGCAUUCUCUACCACCGCCCGCCGAUUGUCGACCGACCCAGCCCUCAAAGAGGAGACGAAGCGCAAUCCCGAGUUGAUGAUUUUGGGAGGUGUAAUGGUUCUGGCUUUGGGUGGUGCCGGUCUUUACUUCGGCCGCUCUCCUACUCAAUCGACUUCCGAAGCGCCCGUUGGCCUAGCCAAAUCUGGCAUGCCGUGGGAAACCGGCGCAACCGAGGGCAAGUACCGAUACCAUCCCGGUGGUGAUCCGGAUUCUUCUCCCAAGGACGCCCCCAGCGCCGUCAAUGUUGUCGUCGUCCCCAAUGUCAACUUGCCAAAGGAACUCCAUGAACGCUACAACAAAUGGGGCAAGGAUGGUUACUAGAUCUGUACUUCUAUCUCGAGAAAAUCACCUUGCAUAGCCGCAGCUACAGGAGUGAGGGAUUUCACCAACUUUGCUGUACAUAACCCAAACAAGCAUUGUGCCACAAAAGUAUUGCUCGGUUAUGUGUUAUUCAUGUCUGACUAGGCAGAACCCCAUACUUUGAAGUGCAUAAUCACUACCUUGGGGUGGCUCUUUUUCCGUAUCAUACCAUAUCAUUCGGCCAUUAGAGCUAGAAUAG